CAAAAAACAAGAAAAGAAAAAUUAAAAACCAUGAACGAUUUUGUCUAUGGAUCGAGUCUUGGUGAGUACAAUGAGCUUAUGAAGCCGGUAUGGACCGCUGUAUGCCAUAUGGAUACGGUGCCAAAGGUCAAGCACUUUCUUUGGAAAUUCAUUUGGGAAAUUUUACCAACUAGACUGGUUUUGCAGAAUCGGGGCGUGGAUUGUGCUAGAUCUUGUUGCAUAUGUAAACAGGCGGAGGAAUACCCUUACCAUAUUUUUUUCGCCUGUCAUUGGAGCAAGCAAGUUUGCGUAGGUUCUUGUCCUUUCUUUGUUAUUGGCAACAUCAAGCCUGAAGAGUAUCUUGAUGACUUCUUGAACUCCUUUCUUAAGCUCAACAGAGAGCAGAAGGAAUGGAUUGCUGUUACAUUAUGGUGCAUAUUGAACAACCGAAACCGUUGCCUCUUUCAGUCUAGUAGCUCCAAACCAGAUUUUAUUGUCACGUGGAUCUCCAAAUAUAUCAAAGAGUACACUACAGCAGCUGACACAUAUGCUGCUAUCCUACAAAACCAAAACACCACCGGCUUGGGAGUAGUCUUAUGGAACAGUGAAAGAAUAGUUUUAGGGGCUGGGUUACGAACGUGCACUUUUCAAGGGACGAUUCUUCAAGCAGAGGUUAUGGCCAUAGAGUUUGCAUUGCAAUUUGGGAAGGAAUUUGGUUGCAAAAAAAUUGAAAUUGAAUUUGAAUUUGACAGUGUCCAAGCUGUUGCUAUUACAAACUCCUCUAAAGACUGUUAUUUGCCUUUCAAAACUAUCAUUGCGGAUCUCCGAGCAAGAAAGUCUAGCUUUGAUUUUCUCAGCAUUAAGCAUGUUAAGAGAAGUUGUAAUGAGUUGGCUCACAAACUAGCUCAUCUUUUGUCACCAUCGUCACCUUGGAAGGGUGUUUGGGUUGAUUCUCUAUCCAAAACUUUAUUCCCAUUGAACACCCACACGCACAGAGAUACAGAUAUGGGUUUUGGUAGAACCAACGCAUCUACGUCGGCCGAUUCCGGCCACGAUGCGGAUGCGGGUCCAUCAACUUCGACGGGUCCACGGCGCUUUCCGUCGGCAGCACAGCCGGAGAUCAUGAGGGCGGCGGAGAAGGACGACCAAUAUGCUUCUUUCGUUUACGAUGCCUGCCGCGAUGCCUUUCGCCAUCUUUUUGGUGCGAGAAUCGCAGUGGCUUACCAGAAUGAGGCAAGACUUCUGGGACAAAUGCUUUAUUAUGUCUUGACAACAGGUUCUGGGCAGCAAACGCUGGGGGAAGAAUACUGUGAUAUAACCCAGGUUGCAGGACCUCAUGGCCUUUCACCAACACCGGCUAGACGUGCUCUAUUCAUUGUCUUUCAGACAGCAGUUCCUUAUAUUGCAGAAAGAAUUAGUUCUAGAGUUGCAUCCCAAGCCAUAACCCUUUCUGAGUCACAGACUGAUGAUCUGUACAGUAACAAUGCUCCUGAAGAUAGUCAGGUCCAGUUGUCCACAAGAACUGAAAUUCCAUCUUCCUCUGAAUCAAGGACAUCAGUUUUUGCAGUCUCAAGGUUGAAAGAGAAGCUGAAUGGACUAUGGUUGCAUGUAGUUCGGAGAUGGCCAACGAUGCUGCCCAUGGCUCGUGAAGUUUUGCAAUUGGUUCUACGUGCUAACCUCAUGUUCUUCUACUUUGAAGGUCUCUAUUAUCAUAUAUCAAAACGUGCAGCCGGCAUCCGUUAUGUAUUCAUUGGAAAACCAUCGAAUCAGAGGCCCAGGUAUCAAAUACUGGGUGUAUUCCUUUUAAUUCAGCUAUGCAUCAUUGCUGCUGAAGGCUUGCGACGGAGUAACUUAUCUUCAAUUGCAAGUUCAAUUCACCCGGCCUCCAUAGGGUCUCACCAAAUUUCAGCAGGGCGAGGUUUGCCCGUGUUAAAUGAAGAAGGGAAUUUGAUAUCUUUGGAACCAGAGAAGGGUAGUUGGGCUUCAGAACCAACUUCAGAGUCAACAAGUGUGGUCAGCAAAUGCACCUUGUGCUUGAGUACUCGCCAACAUCCAACAGCUACACCUUGUGGUCAUGCAUUCUGCUGGAACUGCAUCAUGGAAUGGUGCAAUGAAAAGCCUGAAUGCCCUCUUUGCCGUACUCCGAUCACUCAUUCAAGCCUGGUUUGUUUAUAUCAUUCAGACUUCUAAGCCUGUAAUUAGAAUUCUACAUCAUUCUCAUAAGUUAGUUCUUGAGGGAACUGAAGUUAAAAAAAGGUUGAGAUCAAGCACUUUGAUCAUGCAAAGCAUUUUUGUUGAAAACUAGAGAAUAGGGGGUCAGAAUACUGAUUGAAUCUGUACCUGCAACAACAAUUUUGUAUCAGUAGCUAGUUCUUGAAAGCAGCCUUUUCAAGUAACAAGUAACGACCCAACGUUGUAAUAACCUUCCAUAUGUCUUGUAUUUUAUUUAACUUUUUCCCUUGAGAACACAGGAAAUACGUAAUAACAUUUGAUCUUGGUA